AUGCCGGCUGAGAGCCCUGUGUCUUACGACGGGCACAAGGUCUUUCGAGUCCCGAUCGUGGACGAUGGCACGCACAUCCAGAGUCUUAUUGAUCAUUUGAAUCUGAAUGUCUGGCAGCCGCCCUCCAAAAAGGGUGCUUUUGCCGACAUUCAGGUGGCCCCAAGCCAGUUGGCAGCCUUCGAGAACGCAAUGAAAGGGCGCAGCUUCGAGAUUAUGCAUGAGGAUCUCGGAGACUCCAUUACCAGAGAAGGCACCAUCCAGGCAUAUGCGGCCGGCUCGGCUAAUGCCUCCUGGUUCACAUCGUACCAUCCAUACAAUGACCAUCUUCAAUGGAUGAAGGACAUUGCCUCUCAAUACCCGAGCAAUGUUAAGAGUGUCACGUCUGGAACCACGGGUGAUGGCAAUACCAUAACGGGCCUGCAUAUUUUCGGCAGCAGCGGUGGCGGCAAGAAACCCGCCGUCGUUUUUCAUGGCACCGUCCAUGCGCGCGAAUGGAUCGUUGCUAUGACUCUCGAGUAUAUAACCAACGAGCUCGUCGCCAAGUACGCUACCGAUAGCGCCGUAAAGGCUGUUGUGGACAAGUACGACUUCUACAUGUUCCCCAUUGUCAAUGUUGACGGCUUCAAGUACACGCAGUCGUCAGACCGCAUGUGGAGGAAGAACCGGUCUCGCAACCAGGGCUCGAGCUGUCUCGGAACGGAUCCCAAUCGCAACUGGCCAUACAAGUGGGAUGGUCCUGGGUCAUCAACGAACCCUUGUACUGAGACGUAUCGGGGUGCAUCUGCGGGCAACAGCCCAGAAGUCCAGUCGUACAUCGCCUUCCUCGACAAGAUCAAGAAGAGCCAAGGCGUCAAGCUAUACAUCGACUGGCACUCGUAUUCUCAGCUGUUCAUGACACCAUACGGGUACUCGUGCAGCGCAAGGACGCCCAACAAUGCUGCCUUGCAAGCUCUGGCAAAGGGUGCUUCCGACGCUAUGAGGAGUGUCCACGGAACCACCUUCGCAUAUGGUCCAGUUUGCAAUGUCAUCUACCAAGUUGCCGGUGGCUCUAUUGAUUGGGUCCAGGACGUUCUUAAAGCCGACAAUGUCUUCACAAUCGAACUGCGUGACAAAGGUAGGUAUGGGUUUGUCCUGCCACCGGACCAGAUCAUACCGUCUGGAGAGGAGAGCUUCGCUGGUGCCAUGCAUCUCUUCCAGCAGAUGAGUUAG